AUGUCGCAACCCAAAACCCGCCGGCAUCAAGACAAACCCGACAAAAUUAGCUUCUUCGCUCAGAAGAAAGGGGCAGCUCUGGCAAAACAAAUAGACACAGCAGGCCAUCAAGAUGGCGCCGACCACUCAGGGGGGAGCAGCCCAAGAUCAGAGGCGGAAUCACUGCAUGACGGAGAACCGCUCACAGCUGCCUUCCUAAAGAGAGCCCUAGACGAACAGUCACAAAGGCUGGUCGCUACCUGGCAAUCCAGCGUGGCAGAACUCAAACGGGACCUCCAAGAUGUCGGAUCCCGCACAACGCACGUGGAGGCCAAGAUGGAAGAUUUAGUCGACGCGCACAACGCGUCCACAGAGCACUUAAAAUCCCUCACAGACCAGAUCCAGAAAUGUGAAGCAAAACUCAUGGAUCUAGAGGAUCGUUCUAGAAGGAGCAAUAUCAGGCUGAGAGGCAUCCCAGAGACGGUCCUCCCGGCGGACCUACCCAGCUAUGUACACAGCUUCUUCAAGCUCCUGACACCAGAAAUACCCACAGACAUGCUGCUGCUGGACCGCCUGCACAGAGUCCCUAAACCUCAACAUAUUGCCACGUCCUUACCCAGGGAUGUGUUAUUGAAAGCACACUACUUUCAUGUUAAAGACCUCCUGAUGAGAAGAAGCAGAACCGUGAAAGACCUACCGGCUGAAUAUACAAGCAUUAAAAUGUUUUCAGAUCUUUCAGCAGCCACCCUGAAACAACGGAAAACCUUCCAACAGGUGACAGAAACCCUACGCGCCAACCGUAUCCUGUACCGCUGGGGGCUUCCCUGUUCGUCUGAUUGUCUCGAGAAAUGGAACCACCACCACAGUACAAACAGCAGAAGAAGGCAUACACCUCCUGCAUCAAUGGAAUCUAACCGUCAUAGGCGACACACAAGCCCCGAAACCACCGAGACAAGUGGUCAAGGACUGGCACAUCGCCGACUGAGGCCUUACCGCAAGUAUACCCGCUUCGGCGGCCUACACGUUCUUAUUAGGCUGACAAUUAACAUUGACUCCUGGCUACUAAUACCCCAAGGGCCAGCCCGCUAG